AUGCGACAUCAAAUGAGCACGUCACGUCGGAAAUUAGCUUCGUCGAUGAUCGGUUCCCGCCAAAAAGACUUUGGCACUAAAAAUCGCCUAUCAGGCGGACCCAGGGUGGAUGGGCAUGAAGCGGGCUCUGGCCAGUCCCUCGAGCCAGAUGCUCCGUUUGCAGUAAAUCUCUCUUUCACGGAGGAUGGAGUAAAACCUACUAUUAUUAAGUGCCGCGACGCCGUUGAGCAAUCCGAGGCGCAAACCGUCCUCAAGCGAACUGUUGGUAAGCGAUUACGAAUAUGGCUGACUCUGGAGGCAGGGAAGCAUAUGCAUGAUUUCUUGGUCAACAACAAUAGGGGGAAGUUAGUGCUCGAAAGCAACCCAAUAUUCCCACCUAUUUGCUUCGUGUGUAGCGAAGUUUAA